AAAAACCGGACCAACAAGUCUGAAGUAACCGGUGCAGAAUGAGACUAGAAUUUCGAUACGAUUCUGCUGAGUAACUGGGGACGAAAUAUGCUUAAAAGAAGGAUUAAUUUUAGUGAAGGCAAGACCCUGGUUCAUUGGUUCAGAUGCAACAUUGGUGAGGGAGCUAUUGCACUCGCUGAGACUACAUGAUUCAGCACCACCUGAUAUUGCACUACGGAAAGUGUUUUUCAACCGUGUAUAAUCUCUCCUCAACUGUUUCUUUCACCUUGUUAUCGUGGAAUUUGAAUUAAUCCGAGUGCUUGUCUGAGGUGGUUAUUCAGUUUGAAACUCUGUUUACUGUGUUUCUUGUAAUCUUCUUAUACGUAGUCUUAUACAAAGUAUGCUCCCAUUUGAUUUCCUUUUGUCGUACGAACUAAAAUACUGAGAAAUUUAUGUCACUGAUAUGCUAUUAGACAAGGCAGCUACUUGCAAUUACAUCUCUAGUUCCCUUUAUGGGAAGAAUACGAUCUAAGCACAUGGCGGUCUCUUCUGUGCAAACUAAAUGUUAAGAGUGUGGGUUUAGGUUUAUACAGUCCCCAUUAUUUCAGAAGCUUCAUAAAUUGUCUUAUGAUUUUUUGAAAUUUUGAGUAUAAAAUAUGGACUUAUAUUUAUCUAUCCGAAUCAUACAGUUCAAUCUGUGGCUCACUGGUUGGACCAGUGACCCGAAAUCAUGACUGAGCCGGGUUUUGUAAUAUUGGGAUACACUAUACUUCUUUUAAUAUUUGUGAAACUUUACUUUCAUCCUCAUACAGAUAUCCCGUAACAUCAUCAUCAUUUAACGAGUUAGUCCUAUUUUGUUCAUAGACUGGACAGGUACUGUACCAUCAGGAUGUCGCCAUGUUGUCCAUCUGCGGAGAUGGAAUUGUCUGUGCUUGCGGUGGAGAACAUACUCAGGUACAGCUUCAGGAACAAGAAGCUUUUAGAAGAAGCCCUGACCCAUCCCUCAUUCCCCAACGCCAUCUCGUACCAGCGCUUGGAGCUCCUUGGUGAUGCCGUUUUGGGCCUGACCAUCAUCAACCACCUCUUCCUUGUUUACCCCACCCUUGAACACGGCCAACUUUCCCUCCUCCGCGCUGCCAAUGUCAGCACUGAGAAGCUUGCUCGCAUCACCAUCCGCCAUGGCUUCCACCGCUACAUCCGACACAAUGCCCCUGCUCUUGUUCACAAGGUAAGGGAGUUUGUGGAGGCUGUGAGUGAAGAGGAUGAUCCUGUUGCCCAUGGUGGAUCGGUGAAAGCACCCAAGGUUCUUGCUGACAUUGUUGAAUCUGUCGCUGCUUCUGUCUACGUCGACGUUGAUUUUGACCUUCAAAAAACAUGGGUGAUAAUUAGAGGUCUUUGGGAGCCAUUUGUGACGCCAGAUGAUUUGGAGCAACAACCCCAACCAGUGACAAUGCUCUUUGAGAUCUGCCAAAAGAAUGGGAAACAGGUUGACAUCAAACAUUGGAGAAAAGGAGCGAAAAGCAUUGCCAGUGUGUUUGUUGAUGGACGAUUUGUUGCCUCCGCUUCCUCAGACCAGAAGGACAUUGCAAGGCUUGAUGCUGCUAAGGUUGCCUUGGAUAAACUAGCACAUUUAGUGCCUGUAAGUACCAUGAUGCUUGACUAUUGUGCUGGCAUUGAUGGUACCUUUGAGAUUGAAGCAGCCAAACAUAAGUUACACGAGCUUUGUGGGAUGAAAAAAUGGCCCAAACCAGUAUACAGCAUUGAGAAAGAUGCAGGUCCUCCUCAUGAAAAGAAAUUUGUCUGCUCUGUUCAGAUAGCAACGGUAGAUGGUAUACUCCAAAUGUCAGGGGAUGAAAAAUCUCGGGUGAAAGAUGCAGAGAACUCUGCAGCUUCCUUUAUGAUUUGGGCCUUACAAGAACGGGUCAAGAAUAACUCCAAGAGGUUUUGUAGCGUCAGGACAACAUCAUCUUGUCCAUCUGCGGAAAUGGAAGUGUCGGUGCUUGCGGUGGAGAACAUAAUUAGGUACAGCUUCAGGAACAAGAAGCUUCUUGAAGAAGCCCUGACCCACUCCUCAUUCCCUGACGCUGUCUCCUAUGAGCGCCUAGAGCUCCUCGGCGAUGCCGUUUUGGGCUUGGCCAUCAUCAGUCACUUGUUCCUUGCUUACCCCACCCUUGAUCCCGGCCAACUUUCUCUCCUCCGCUCCGCCAAUGUCAGCACCGAGAAGCUUGCUCGGGUCGCCAUCCGCCAUGGCUUCCACCGCUUCGUCCGCCAUAACGCCCCCGCUCUUGUUCACAAGGUAAAGGAGUUUGUGGAGGUUGUGGCUCAAGAGGAUGAUCUUGUCACCUAUGGUGGAUUGGUGAAAGCUCCCAAGGUUCUUGCUGAUGUUGUUGAGUCUGUGGCCGCCGCUGCUGUUUAUGUCGAUUUCGAUUUUGACCUACAAAAAACAUGGGCGAUAAUUAGAGGUCUUUUGGAGCCUUUUGUAACGCCAGAUGAUUUGGAGCAACAACCCCAACCAGUGACAAUGCUCUUCGAGAUCUGCCAAAAGAAUGGGAAACAGGUUGAUAUCAAACACUGGAGGAAUGGAGACAAAAGCAUUGCCAGUGUCUAUGUUGAUGGACAAUUUGUUGCCUCUGCUUCCUCUGACCAGAAGGACAUUGCUAGGCUUGACGCUGCUAAGGUUGCCUUGGAUAAACUUGCAAAUUUGGUGCCUGUAAGUACUAUGACGCUCAACUAUUGUGCUGGCAUUGAUGGUACCUUUGAGAUUGAAGCAGCCAAACAUAAGUUACACGAGCUUUGUGGGAUGAAAAAAUGGCCCAAACCAGUAUACAGCAUUGAGAAAGAUGCAGGUCCUCCUCAUGAAAAGAAAUUUGUCUGCUCUGUUCAGAUAGCGACUAUAAAUGGUGCACUCCAAAUGUCUGGGGAUGAAAAAUCUCGGGUGAAAGAUGCAGAGAAUUCUGCAGCUUCCUUGAUGAUUCGAGCCUUACAAGAAUGUAAUUAUUGUCUGUGAGAUUUGUGUUGUAAUUAUUGUAUAGUGUGUCUCUCAUCUCCCGUGGUAGCUUCAAGACAAGAUCCUUCACCUCCACAAUGAAGGAAGACUUCAUAGUUGUUACAAUACAACAUGACAGGAAAUGGUUACUUAGUAUGUGGUUUUGCUACUUCGUAUGACACAAUUUAACCGUAGUUGCAGUGAACUUCCCAACGGAUUUUUGAUAACUGGAAAUUUGGCGUUUCCAUGAGCGUAUGCAAAGUAAUUAUUGUCUUUGUA